GGUCUACCCGGAAACCCUGCUGAAGAAGAAAAGGCGUCACCCUUGUUGUUUUGUAUUCACGGCCUCUGAAUGAAGAGGAGGAAAACCGAGAAAACCGAGUUGAGCUAAAUCUAUCUGGACAGUCUCUACUGCCGCACACACAUAGCUGUCACCAUGACAACCAAACGUGGUCUGAUCACAGAUACCUUCAAGGUGGUGAAGAAGCCAAAGAGAGUGGGAAAACGAGAGAAGAGGCCUCCCUCUCCGCCCUCGAAAGAGACUAAAGGUGAAACAGACAGAGAGAAGGAGCUGCAGGCGCUGCAGAAGCUGAGGCAGUUUGAUCUGGACUGGAAGUUUGGACCCUGCACAGGUAUCAGUAGACUGCAGAGAUGGGAAAGGGCACAGCUUCAUGGUCUGGACCCCCCUGAGGAGAUCAGAGACCUGCUGCUGCUGCACGCACACACUCACCCUGAGUACAAUCAAUGCUUGUGGAGUGAGUAUCCCCUGUGAGGAGGAACAGCAGCAGGAUGGAGGAAAAGACCACUGUCUGUUUUUUACCUGAAGUUUUCCUUGACUUUCUUUGACACACUAAGUUUUUAUUAAAAUGUCCAUUUUCUACUGAGA